CCGGAAAUGCACGUGUGCAGUUUACUAUUAGCAGAUUUUAUGAUAGCUUGCUUACAUAAGUUGACAGACAGUGUACAUUCAUAAAUUCUUAUUUAAACUGUGAUUUUUAUCGCUUGUCUACGUCAUGAAAAUUCGCACCUCGAUAGAAUUCCGGUAACGGCCGCCUGGAAACCCAUGAUCCUAUACGAAUCCGCUGUUGCUGCUUUUGUGUAUUACACUUUCAUUGACAGUUAUUUGUUUUCGGCAACGAGAGAGUUUAUAAAAUCGGGAACGCGCAGAAUUGUACAAUUCAGAAAGAAAGGGUAUCGGUGCCAUCGCACUACGUAUUUUUAUGCGCUAGUGUCGAAACGCGUAUUUAAAGGGUGAUUGAUCAAUUUUGAAAACAACCACCGAAAGAAGUGGUUAGAAGCAGUCAGGAUGAGCGACAAUCAAGCCAACGAACUAACUCGAACAGUUGAGUUGUCUUCAAAUGACAUUGAGAAGAUAGAAGAAGCAAAAUUAAGAGCAAAGUUUCCAACCACAGGACGUCCAAUUAGUGGACAUUCAGCGUUUCUGCAGAAGAGGCUAGCUAAAGGGCAAAAAUAUUUUGAUUCUGGGGAUUAUCAAAUGGCAAAACAAAAAUAUACAGCUAAACCAAAGCCAGCUGGUGUUUUGCCAACAGGUGAUGCUAUACCUACACCUGAAACUGUACCGCAACGAAAAACAUCUAUCAUUCAACAAAAAUUUAAUACGUCUAGUACUUCAUAAGUUUCUGUAAGAUUUUCAAAGUAUUACAACUCCAGUGAUAUGGUGCGAUCGCAUGCAAUCCAAAUUUUAAACAAACCAGUGUCUUUAUAUUUUCUAGAUGGUAUUAUUUUAAAAGUUUAGGUUCUAUGACACUUCUCAGAUGCCUGUUUGACGAUCAGAGCUUUGAUGCAAAAAUGUUAUGUUUGCAAUUCUAUAUAUUACUUUCAAUAUACUGUGUGUUGAGAAAGCA